AUUAAUGACUUAUUUCACUUUCUGUGGCCUGUGUUGAUACAGUAUAACGUCUGAACACUAGAUGGCAGCAGUGCGCUAAUGAUAGGCUAUUUGCAGAGUCCUGUGUUGUAUUCUGAUUUACUUUUUAAUUAUUAUUCACCAGCUUUGUCAGUAAAAAAAAGUUAUCCUCAGCAAACACAUGGUGGGACAUUAUUAAUUUAACUUUGUAUGAGUAAUAUAUAACAUUUGCUCCGCAUUUAAAAUUAAAAUAUGCUUUGACACGUAAUUUAACUGUAAAAUCUCUAGUUUCUGAUUGUCACUAGCGUCUACAGAGGUGUGGCAAGGAAACUGUGAACACACACGAGGGAUCUCCUAGAGUUGCUGUGGCGCCACCCUGAAACCUGGCAUUCAGGCUAUGGUUCCUCCAGCCUGACACAGUGCAUCCCGUUUUGGGGGGGGGAUCCUCUCAUGGCUCCAUACAAGUGAACACAAGAGGGAUUUCACAUGCAGUAAUCCGGACCACAGGGAUGACUGAGCGAAUCCCGGCGGUUCUGUUUCAGUAAGAGACGCAGUCACGCAGCUGUCCUCCUCCAGGGACGACAUGAUGUCUGCAAUAGAGGCCGGCUUGUACCAACCCGCUCAGCUGCUCAGCUGGGUGUACAUGUCCUUGCAGGACGCCCCGGGCAGCGCCUUCGACGGCGUUAAGGUCGAGUCGGACUCCUCCACUCGGGACGGGACGGAGCGCAUCGCGGCUGAUCUGAGCUCCAACUAUCUCAGCAACUUCUUCCAUCUGAACACUGAGACUUCUGGUGUCAAUGUGUGCAAGGUUUUUGGACCUCACCCUUGGUCUGACGAAUUUGCACUGAAGAAGACAAACAUAGAAAGGGAAAUUGAGGCAUUUAAGGCUUUGACUAAAAGUUUCUACAAAGGCUCCUCUCCAUACGGGUCCUUCAGCAACAUCGUUGACGGUCUGAACUCUCUGGCGGACCACUUCUCAGAUAUCUCCCUGUCCCCCGAGACGCACAAACCCAGCAAAAGGCCGCCGCCCAACUACUUGUGCCACCUAUGCUUCAACAAAGGACACUACAUCAAAGACUGCCCUCAGGCUCGACCCAAAGGUGAAGGCCUGACCCCGUAUCAGGGAAAGAAGAGAUGCUUCGGGGAAUAUAAAUGCCCUAAAUGCAAGAGGAAGUGGAUGAGCGGCAACUCCUGGGCCAACAUGGGACAGGAGUGUAUCAAGUGCCACAUCAACGUUUACCCUCACAAGCAGAGACCUCUGGAGAAACCAGAUGGGUUGGACGUGUCAGACCAGAGCAAGGAACAUCCCCAGCACCUGUGUGAAAAAUGCAAAGUCCUCGGCUACUACUGCCGCCGCGUGCAGUAGGACGCUCUGCCUCUCCUCGCCGAGCGUAGACUCCUUCGGAACAUUCACCGUUCCAUAUUUGACCAUUUAAAACAAGUAAUAAUGAAUCAUUUCUGUACUGUAAUGAAUCUAACAUAAGUGUCAUGAAAUAGGCUUUCCGAAAAAUUCAUCUCAGUGGAAUGAGGUGGGUUCUUUUAGGUGACUCUCGUUAUCUUCAUGUGAAAUCUCAUCUGUUACCAAAGAACUGAGUUACUGUGAAUUUUAAACAAGAUUAUCUCUGUCUGUUUCGACACGACAGAAUGGAGUUUCAGAUCAAAAAAGUCUUAUACGUGUUUGUAUAUUUCCAAACUAAUUCACUGUAAAUGUAAUCAUGUUUUCUGUAUAAAAUAUGCAAGUGUUUACUAAGAAGUGUAUGCAGUAUUAGUGCGUUUCUGCUGUUAUCAGUACUGGUGGGUACAUCUUUUUUUUUUUAUGUUUUGCUGCGUAUUACACAUUUGAGAUGAAUAUAUUUGACUGAAUCGUCAAGUCUUACUGUGAUUGUUAGGAACACACCGGCCUGGUGUUUCAGAUUGAUACACUUUAUUAACAUAGGAAGCUAUAACGGAUGUAUAAAAGACACAGCGCUAGCUAUACUCACCAAAGUGCCCUUAAGGAUGUAAGAUGGUACUUGUUGCUUGGGACCAAAGAAGGGAUAAAAACCUGAAAUGCAGCAGAUGUGAGGCAAUAAUCACACUUUUUUUUUUUUUACUGAAAUCAUAAAACAAAUAUGUGAAGUUCAAAAUAAUGUGCCUUAUUUGAAUAACAAACAAAUCCCUCGAGUAUUUUGACAUUGAAA